UCUUAGUCAAUGCACUAACAAUGGACUUAAAAGAUAUGGUUUUGAUAAACCUGUUUUGUCUGAUUUGCGCCAUUAAAACCACCCAAGGUUACUACGGCAACCCCUUAAACAAGUACAUCCGCCACUAUGAGGGAUUAUCCUAUGAUACAGACCUUGUACAUAACAGACACCAGAGAGCCAAAAGAGCACUCUCCCAUGAGGACAAGUUUCUUCAUCUGGAGUUCCACGCACAUGGAAGACAUUUUAACCUUAGGAUGAAGAGAGAUACCAGGCUGUUCUCUGAGGAUUUCAAGCUUGACGUGUCCGGAGAGGAGAUGGAUUACGACACCUCCCAUAUCUACACUGGAGAACUCUAUGGUGAACAGGGUACUCUCACCCAUGGCUCCAUCGUGGAUGGCAAGUUUGAGGGUUUCAUUCAGACCCACCGGGGGACAUACUAUGUGGAGCCUGCUGAGAGAUAUCUGAAUGACAAAGAUGUUCCGUUCCACUCAGUCAUUUAUCAUGAGGACGACAUCAACUACCCCCACAAGUAUGGGCCUGAGGGCGGCUGUGCAGACCACUCUGUCUUUGAAAAGAUGAAGAAAUAUCAGGCUUCUGCAGUGGAAGGGCCAGCUAAGGAGACUCUUGACAUGAGAGACAAUGAAUCAUCCAAUGGCCCAGUACUGCUGAGAAAGAGGAGGAUGACCCAGGCAGAGAAGAACACCUGCCAGCUCUUCAUUCAGACUGACCACCUCUUCUACAAGUACUACAAGACCAGAGAGGCAGUCAUCGCUCAGAUCUCGAGUCACGUCAAAGCCAUCGAUGCGAUCUACCAAGGCACGGAUUUCCAAGGCAUUCGUAACAUUAGCUUCAUGGUUAAGAGGAUAAGGAUCAACACUACAAAUGACGAGAGGGACCGGUCAAACCCUUUCCGCUUUGCCAACAUCGGGGUAGAGAAGUUUCUGGAGCUUAACUCGGAGCAGAACCACGAUGACUACUGCCUAGCCUACGUCUUUACUGACAGAGACUUUGAUGAUGGCGUGCUUGGGUUGGCAUGGGUUGGCGCUCCUGCAGGGAGCUCUGGGGGAAUCUGUGAGAAGAGUAAGCUUUACUCAGACGGAAAGAAGAAGUCUCUCAACACAGGCAUCAUCACCGUGCAAAAUUAUGCCUCUCACGUACCUCCCAAAGUCUCACACAUUACCUUCGCCCAUGAAGUGGGGCAUAACUUCGGCUCUCCGCAUGACUCAGGGCCGGAGUGCACCCCAGGCGAAUCCAAGAGUCAGGACAAGAAGGAGAAAGGCAACUAUAUCAUGUAUGCCAGAGCCACGUCUGGAGACAAGUUCAACAACAAUAAGUUCUCUGUGUGCAGCGUCCGUAACAUCAGCCAAGUGCUGGAGAAGAAAAGAGGCAACUGCUUUGUGGAGUCUGGACAGCCCAUCUGUGGUAAUGGUCUAGUGGAGCCGGGUGAAGAGUGUGACUGUGGCUACAGUGACCAGUGCAGGGACCAGUGUUGCUAUGAUGCCAACCAGCCUGACAACAAAAAGUGCAAACUCAAACCCAAUAAAGUGUGCAGCCCGAGCCAGGGUCCUUGCUGCACGCCAGAGUGUACAUACAAGGGCAGGAAUGAGAAAUGCAGAGAAGAGUCUGAGUGUGCCCACCAGGGCAUGUGUAAUGGUGUCUCAGCUCAGUGUCCCACCUCUGAGCCCAAAGCCAACUUCACUGCCUGUCACGGAGAGACACAAGUCUGCCUCAACGGGGGCUGUUCUGGCUCUAUCUGUGAGAAGUAUGGACUGGAGGUGUGCACCUGUGCCAGUGGGGAUGGGAAAGAUGAGACAGAGCUGUGUCACGUGUGCUGCAUGGAGAAAAUGAACCCCAGUACCUGCAGUAGCACGGGCUCUGAGCGCUUGGCACGCUUCUUCAACAAGAAGGUCACGACUCUCCAGGCCGGCUCGCCCUGCAACGAUUUCAAAGGCUACUGUGACGUGUUCAUGAAAUGCCGCCUAGUGGAUGCAGAUGGACCAUUGGCCAGACUCAAAAAGGCCAUCUUUAACCCAGAGCUCUAUGAGAACAUAGCAGAGUGGAUAGUGGCUCACUGGUGGGCUGUACUGCUGAUGGGUAUAGCUCUGAUCAUGCUCAUGGCAGGAUUCAUAAAGAUCUGCAGUGUCCAUACCCCAAGCAGCAACCCCAAAUUACCACCACCCAAACCACUACCAGGAACACUGAAGAGAAGGAGAGCUCAGCAUGCUAACCAACAGCACCAGCACCAGCAUGGGCACCAGAAUCAGCACGGACACCAGAACCAGCACCAGCGCCAAGUUCAGAGGCAGCCCCAGCCUCAACGCCAUCACCGUCAGCACCGCGAAAAUUACCAGAUGGGUCAGAUGAGACGUUGAGUUGCAUGCAAACCCCUCCUGCUCCUCCUCCACUUGUCUCCCCCUCCCCACAGUGCCUGCAAUACAGUGGGACAGAAGGUCACUACUCCAAAGAAACCAACUGACCCAGCACACAAAAUCACUCUUACUUCCCCAUUGUGCAGAGUAUCCUGGACCAGUCCAUUUCUAUGGACAUUCCCGCUUUUUUUAACGCUUUAUCCUGGACCAUUCCAUACGUUUGUUUAAAGAGCUUGGUUUUCAGUCAAACUGGGCCAUUUUCCACAGACGUAGUCUGCUUCAAAACAAUAAAACCAAGACGAAGUACAUUGUACCCUCAGAAGCAGUACAUUGUACCUUCAUCCUGAGCCACAUAAGCAAGAUGAAUGAAAUUGUUGGUGGAGGCAGUAUUGCUGGAUUCAGCAGCUUGUAUUUCAGCAUUUAAAGUUUUUUUUUCUCUCUUUUUCUCCCUGUUCCUUCCUGGAUUGAAAGAAAAGUUUCCUCAAGCUUCCCAAUGUGAUGAGCAAGAAAAUCAGGCCCUUUGAGUUCUGAAAUAGUCUUACUUUUUCUCCCCUCUCCUCACACAUAUUGUUGAUGGCCUGCCAGGGAGUAAGGGACCAUUUGUAGAUUUAGUCCCUCCUGUAGUUCCUCUGUAGUGUGCUUGUUCUCCUUUUGCUUUUCAUUAACAGAGACUUGUUUAAGAUUGACGCACAUAAAUGAAGUAUUGCCAACAAUGCCAGGAAGUGAAACAAUCCUCAGCCAGAGACCUGCCACAUUUUCGAAAGGGUUUUUCAAAAUCCACGAAGGAUCAGUCCUUUCACUUCCCAUGCAGAUACUGCCCUAUGCAUGGCUGUACAGAAUUAAGACUGUAAAAAAAUUGUAUUAUAUGUUAGAACAAAAUUAUUUCUUCUACUGUUUGAAAGAACUGACUUGCAGUUUUGAUCAACACUCUCAGGAUUCAAACACACUAAUGAAGGUAUUGUUGAAGAUGCUCGGGAGUAAGUUGAAGCUAUCAGGUUGAGAAAGAUUGAGAAGAAGGAUGAAUCUCUAAAAUGAGCUAUCAUGUGUC